AAUAAUUUCUAGGGUAAGGGUAGUUGCAAUUGCUCUGCUGUCAAACGAGACCGGUAGCUGAAGAAAAACAAAACUUGGUGGAUGGGCAGAGUGUGAUUGUGUUGUAUCUAAUCGCUGGCAAAUUUUCAUAAAUUCGCUCACAAUGUUGUUCAUGACGUGGAUUGCUAGAGUCGGAGAUGGUUUACCUCUUGCCGCUUCAAUUCCCGAAGAUGAAGAGUCAGGAAAAGGAGUGUUGGAUUUUCAAAACCAAGCAAAAAUGCUGUUUAGAAAAAUGAAUCAACAAAGUCCUUCAAAGUGCACAAUAGAAACUGGAUCACACUUUUUCCAUUACCUAAUUGAUAAAGAUGUCUGCUACCUAGUGCUGUGUGAACAGAGCUACUCGAAGAAACUUGCUUUUUCCUUUCUAGAAGAUCUGGCCCAAGAGUUCAGCUCCCUCUACGGAAAAAAGGUUCAGAGUGUAAAUCGCCCAUACAGCUUCAUUGAAUUUGACACGUACAUUCAGAAAGCCAGAAGAUCAUUUAUGGACUCGAGGACUCGGCGUAAUCUUACUGCGAUCAACACAGAGCUUCAGGAUGUUCAGCGGAUUAUGGUUCGCAAUAUCGACGACGUCUUGCAGAGGGGUAGUCUUCUUUCCGAUCUGGAUAACAAAGCACAGACACUGUCAAUGAGUUCUCAGCGAUACAAAAAGGACGCUAGAAACUUGAACAUGCAAUCCACUUACGCGAAAAUUGGUGCGGUCGCCAUCGUUUUGCUCGUCUUUGUUCUUUACUUUUGGGUUUUUGCAGCCGACCCUCAACGAACAAAGAAUCAGGUGGUGUACAGUAUUCCGGAUCGCUGUUUUAUCCCACUAACCCCAGAGAACUCGUCGGUUGAGCUCUUUGAUCAAACUUCUUCCUCCGUCUACGUUGAACCUACAGCUGCUUCUGAUGCGACCCACGCAUUUAAUCCCGUUGCCGAUUUAGCCCGACCGGAAGCCGACUUAACAACGUCCGAUGCUGAUGAAACAGCCAGUGAAGCGUUCGAUGGCGAUCGUUCGAUUGACACGACUUUCGGUCAUGGUACCGGCGCUAAUACCGCCGGGGGCAAUAAUACAAGCGGAGCACCUUUGGACACUAGUCGGAGUGACCACGGGCCAAUGACCGAACGAGAAGACGAUCCAUUAGAAAUGAUGACCGGCGUCAAAUCGCUAGUUAAACGUAAAGGCGCAAAGGGCAUUAAUCAUUUCAGUUACUGUGACCGGGCCACCCAAACAACUGUUCCACCAAUUCGAUCACACGCGAUACAAACCGAAGCCCCGCCUCGUGUGUCUUUUACUUCGCUGACGAACGCUUGGAUCAUUUACGAUGCCUACCACCAAGAUCUUGCGGCACAGCAGCACAAAAUCCAGCAGCAAGCGCUGAUCAACAGUGCGGCAGAGGCUGUCAAUAAAGGCGGAGCACCCAACACUUCAUCCACGGCUCCAGUUGGUGUCGCUCUGGAUGCUUCCGUCGCCGCAGCCGCACCACCGACAGCUCCGACGGUAGUCUUCCAACCGACGGGGGAAACGGCUUUGAGUCCGGCUGGUGUUUCUCGGCUCGAUUCGUCCGCUCACGUCAUCGAGCGGAUGCUGAAUCAAAACACUUACGACGACAUCGCUCAAGAUUUCAAGUAUUGGGAAGAUGCUGCGGAUGAAUAUCGCGAACCGGAAGGAACUCUAAUGCCGCUGUGGCGUUUCACUCCGCCGGCUACCAUGCUGCGGAUGUUCGAAGAGAACGGCUGCAUGCGCAAUGCGGUUCCUAGUCAUAUAACCGUAAUCUGCUGGAAUCCGCACUACAAGGAUCUCUUCGCCAUAGGCCUUGGCUCCCGAGACAAUAUGACAGCCGAAUCCGGACUUGUGUGCGUCUUUUCUCUCAAGUCUCCGACGCAUCCGGAGCGCUCCGCUCAAGUGCAAGCUGGCGUUUCUAGCCUGGACUUCCAUCCGGAAUUCUGGCAACUUUUGGCCGUCGGAAUGCAUGACGGACACGUCGCCGUUAUUGACUUGACAGUGCGCAAGGAUUCCGACACUUUCAAAGUGACGAAUUUGAUCACCUACCGAAGUUCGGCUAUGCGAGGCAAACGGACCGUGCCAAUUACUCAAGUAAGCUGGCACGGUGACAUGAGCGAUGGAAAUUUACGACUCUUUUCCAUAUCAAUGGACGGCUGCUUGUGUCUGUGGCUAUUUGUUCAGGGCGAACUCUAUCCAACAGAGCUGAUCACAUUGCCUUUCCAAGGCGACAAUAAAUUGCAGGAUAACAAUUUCGGAACACUGGCACUGACUGCGUCUUGUAGUUGCAUGGCUAUUCAUCCGAAUCACACCAUGGUUUUGGUCGGGACGGAUCAGGGCCAGUUGUGGCCAGUCAGCAAUGAGGGAGAGAUUCUCAACUGGGGUCCCGUCAACGCCCAUCAAGGUCCCAUCUAUACUGUGCAGUGGAAUCCGUUCCAUCACCAAGUUUUUAUCAGUUGCGGUACCGAUUGGUUAGUCAAAAUCUGGGACCAAAGAGAAAAGGAAGCUCUGGUGGUCAUCAGUUUGGGGAGUUGCGUCGAAGACUGCGCUUUCUCGCCUUUCAGCUCGACGGCCUUUGCCUGCAUGUCCAGCAAUGGCAAGGUCCUCCUCUACGACUUAAAUAUUUGCCUACACAAGCCGCUGUGCAGUCAACGAAUAACUCCGCAACGCAGAGCUCAGCCAACCGUUCUGAGCUUCGCCCCUUUUCAUCCAGUCAUUUUGGUUGGGGAUGACAAGUAAUUAGCACAUUAUAUGAAACGAGAUUAUUAAAUUGAGUUAGCUAAUGUGAUGUGUUUCGUUUACAAGGGGACACGUGACUUGUCUCAAAUUAUCUCCCAACUUGAGGAAAGUGAGCCGCGUUCCCGAGAGCUCCAGGGCAGUCG